AUUUUUGCCCAAAAUAUUUAUCGUGCACAAAGAGUUUAAAGGCCGUCGUGAAAGCUCCGGCCUCCGGCGUGGAAAUUCCCUCCCAAAAUCCGUACUGCUGCGUUAAACCUUUCACCCUCCCAAAAGCCCACCAUAUCCAAUCUGGCGACGGUAAUCUACUGCUCUCUCUCGAGCAUUCUCUCUUCCGCGCUCGAAUUCUCCAUGAAACUUUGGUGACUGAAGCUCGGAGAACUAGGGUUUGGUUGCGAGGAGCAAUGGUCGGAAUGAUGGCGGCAGUUUCCAGAGAGAAAGUAGCGGAUCUUCUGAACUCUUCCAAGCUUGCUGCAGCCGUUCCAUCACAGAUGGGCUACUUGCGCCAGCUUAGGGAUGAGCUCUCCGACGCCGACUCCAUCUUGCUCACGGAGUUCCUCCCUCUUCUCCUCGACUUCGUCUCCGGUCGAUUUAGUCCAGUUCGCAAAUUCACAAUAGAGAUGCUAAGUCCUAUUGGGAUCAGACACAUUGAAUUCCUACCUGCAAUCAUACCUUUAUUGAUCACUGCCCUGAAGGAUGACACACCCGCUGUUGCUAGACAGUCUAUUACAUGUGGAAUUGAGAUAUUUCGUAGUAUGCUGUUCAAAGUUGCCAUUCAGGGAUUGUAUUCAAGUGAAUUGGAUGAUUUGCUUGAAACAUCUUGGGCAUGGGUGCAGAAGUUUAUGGAUGAAAUAUAUACUGUGGCAUUUCAGCCAGCACUUGAUGGAAGAAGUUUACUAGCAAUAAAGUUUGUGGAAUCUGUCAUUCUACUUUAUACGCCCAAUCCCAAUGUCAGCUCAGAGCCACCUUCUGAUAUAAAUGCUCAAGGAAAUUUUGAGGAAUUUAAUAUAUCAUGGCUUCGUGGAGGUCAUCCAAUACUUAAAGUUGGAGAGUUGUCAGCAAAAGCAAGUAAUAGUUUGAGCUUACUGCUUGAUCAGUUAAGGUUUCCAGCAGUGAAGUCACUAAGUAACUUGAUGAUCAUUGUGCUCAUCAAUAGCCUUUCAGCAAUUGCUACAAAAAGGCCAGCUUUCUAUGGUCGUAUUCUACCAGUUUUAAUGGGUCUAGACCCUUCAACCUCUGAUAGCAAUGGGAAGCAUGUUUAUGCUGUGCAUCAUUCUCUGAAGAAUGCAUUCCUCUCUUGCUUGAAUUGUACCCACCCUGGUUCUGCUCCGUGGAGGGAUAGAUUAAUUGGUGCUCUGAGAGAAAUGAAACCCGGAGUACGGACAGAUCAUGGUGAGCACCAGGUUUGCCAGACCAAUGGGAAAGUUGAGCCAAAUAAUGAAUUAUGUCCCUCAGAGGAUGCAAAACCGUCAAUUAAAACAAUGGAUGCUGGUUGUAACAUUUCUGGGGCAAAAAGACCUGUGAUUGAAACUAAUGAUAAUUCAGUUGAUGUUGAUGGUGAAAUGUCUCGAAAACGUGUAAAACCAACCCCUGCUGUCUUAGAAGGGAAGGAGGAGUUAAGUGGGCAACAGGAUAAUUCUUCGAGUGAACCAACCACAUCUAGAACAGAUAGUGAUAACAGUGCCGUGCAGCAACUUGUUGCAAUGUUUGGUUCAUUAGUUGCACAGGGUGAUAAGGCCCAGUCGUUACUAGAAAUGCUUAUCUCUAGUAUAUCAGGUGACUUGCUAGCUGAAGUAGUGAUGGCAAACAUGCGAAACGUCCCACCAAAUCGGCCAAAUGCUGAAGAGGAUGAUGACCUUCUGAUGGCAGGAUCACAUCUUGGUGCUAGCACAAUUGGUACUGGCUUAAAACAAUUGUCAUUAUUGUUGACUGAUUACCUUUCACAACCUAGCACAUUGCAACAGAAUGAUAUUCCUGUGGAUGCUCAAUUUUCGUUAUCCAGUGAGCUUGAGCAAUCUGGAGGAGGGGAGGAGCAACCUUUGGAUAUGCCUCAGAUUAAGGCAGCAUCUGAUUCCCAAGAUUAUUCAAGUGAUCAAGCACCGAAACCUGUUUCUUUUUCUGAAGGGACUCCUUCAAUUGUGGAGAAUAUUCCAGUGAUUGCACCUGAAGUUGCAGAUGUUGUGAAUAUGGGGAAUGCAAUACCUGGCAUAGAUUCUUUUUCUCAGAAUGAUGGAUCAGCAGGGGUGGUUGUUCCAUUGUCAUCUUCCACUGACCUUGAUGAGGCCAGUCAAGAGCAUGUUUCUGGUCUAGCUAGGUCAGAUUUAGAAGCUCUUCCGUCUAUUUCAACGGAUAGGUCUGAGGAACUUAGCCCAAAAGCAGCAGUGACAGAUGCUACCAACAUCCAGGCCUCCACAGCAACUUCGGUUGAACCGUCUCCGCAGUUGGUGCUUCCAAAGAUGUCUGCACCUGUUGUGAAUCUAUCUGAUGAACAAAGAGACAAUUUGCAAAAGUCCGUUUUGGUGCGUGUUAUUGAUGCUUACAAGCAAGUAGCAGUAGCAGGAGGCUCUCAUGCUCGUUUGUCUAUUCUUGCCCAUCUAGCAGUUAAGCUUCCCUCGGAGCUAGAUGCAUGGAAAAUGCUACAGGUGCACAUACUGUCAGAUUAUGUGAAUCAUGAGGGGCACGAGUUGACAUUACGCGUCCUCUACAGGUUAUAUGGCCAAGCAGAAGAAGACCAGGACUUUUUCUCUUCAACGGCUGCUGCAUCUGCAUAUGAAAUGUUCCUUCUUACAGUGGCGGAAACACUUAGGGAUUCUUUUCCAGCCUCUGAUAAAUCUUUAAGUAGAUUGCUUGGUGAUGCUCCUCAUCUACCGAACUCUAUUUUCAAAUUGUUAGAGUGUUUGUGUUGUCCUGGUAGUAGUGCUAAUGAUGACAAGGAGUUAUACAGUGGAGAUCGAGUAACACAAGGCCUCAGUGCAGUCUGGAGCCUAAUUUUGUUGAGACCUCCAAUUCGAAACACAUCCCUUAAUAUUGCUCUGCAGAGUGCUGCACAUCACCUGGAAGAAGUGCGUAUGAAGGCAAUACGACUGGUUGCAAACAGGCUUUAUCCUCUACCGUCUAUCUCUCAACAAAUAGAAACUUUUGCAAAUGAAAUGCUAUUAUCACUCAUAAAUGUCAAUCAGAACACAAAUUCAAAUGAUGAUGGUACUAUUACUGAAUUACAGCAGCCAUCUACUAGUGCUGCCACAAAAGAAGUGUCCUCCGACACACAUCAGUCAUCCACUUCUGAAAGCAUAUCUUCUUCUUCAGUAGCUGAAGCUCAGCGUUGCAUGUCAUUGUAUUUUGCACUGUGUACAAAGAAGCACUCCCUUUUUCGGCAUAUAUUCAUCACUUAUAAAAGUGGAUCCAAGGCAGUCAAACAGGCAAUUGAUGGCCAAAUCCCAAUGCUUGUCCGGACUAUUGGCUCAUCAUCUGAGCUUCUUGAAAUCAUAUCUGAUCCACCAAAUGGUAGUGAGGAACUUCUGAUUCAGGUUCUGCGUACCUUGACUGAGGGGACAGUACCUUCUCCUGAAUUAAUAGCUUUAGUUAAGCAGUUAUAUGAGACAAAAGUGAAGGAUGUAGAAAUUCUUCUUCCAGUGCUGCCAUUCCUGUCAAAAGAAGAGGUGCUGCUGAUUUUCCCACAUCUUGUUAACGCACCAUUAGAUAUAUUCCAAGCAGCUCUUUCUCGUGUUCUAGAGGGAUCAUCUCAUUCUGGUCCAAUGCUGACUCCAGCAGAAGCUUUAAUUGCUAUCCAUGGAAUUGAUCCUGAUAGAGAUCGCAUUCCCUUGAAGAAGGUGACGGAUGCUUGUAAUGCUUGCUUUGACCAGCGACAAACCUUUACUCAGCAAGUUCUUGCCAAAGUGUUAAACCAACUGGUUGAACAAAUUCCUCUUCCAUUAUUAUUUAUGAGAACAGUAUUACAGGCGAUUGUUGCUUUCCCUUCCCUGGUUGACUUUAUAAUGGAGAUCCUCUCUCGUCUUGUAAGCAAACAGAUAUGGAAAUACCCUAAGUUAUGGGUAGGAUUUGUGAAAUGUGCCCAGUUGACGAAGCCACAAUCUUUCAGUGUUCUACUUCAGCUACCUCCCGCACAGCUUGAAAAUGCAUUGAAUAAAGUUUCUGCCCUCAAGGCUCCUUUAGUUGCACAUGCUAGCCAACCGCACAUAAAAUCUUCACUUCCAAGGUCUGUAUUGGUGGUUCUUGGAAUUGCAUCUGAUUCUCAAAGUUCAAGUCAGGCCCAACCUCCUCAGCCUCCAACUGAUGAUAAAGAGAGCUCAGAUAAAGAGGCCGUAACCGAAGUAUCCAAAGAAUCAUCUGCAGCAAGUUGAUUUCAAGAGUUAGAUAGGAUUCUAAUCUACCACCAUUCAAGCAAGAAUUUGCUUGUUGAACAUGUAACAGGCCUUAGAGUAGUUUUUGCCAGAGGGAAAGGAAGAAAUAUUGGUAGAAUAUUGGUGGUUAUGAGUCUCAUUAAAAAGUUGAGACUAAUUUUGUUGUUUCGAGUUUGUACAUCAGAAUAGCAACAAUGGGUAUUUACGAUAUAACUAUACAGGUUUUAAUGAAUCUUCAGUCUGUACAUCAGGAGUGGUUCUACUGGCUAAACUCUUACCAUAGUCUAUAGGACAGUGUAUGUAUAAUUGUAUAUUGCAUUUCCUUUCUAAAGAACAGAACAGUAUUCCUUCCGUUUCAAAAAUGUUACUCCGUAUCCUCUUUGACUAGACAAAUUUAAAAAAAGGAAAGUUAUGUAUUGAUUAAA